CGCGCUAGAAUUCGAGACUGGUGCUGCGAGUCGCGUCGCCUCUCCUACCCCUUCCUUUUCUGGUGAACCUUUCCGAGGGUUUUCCCCGCCGCCAUCCUUCCCGUUCGAUCUGGCUUAGAUCGCCGACGCAUCUCGCAGUUCCGUUCACCAGAUGGCGGUCCGGCCUUCCAGCGCUGCCGAAUCUCUUCGCUACGCGCAGAUAGUUGGGGAAACGUUUGUGGAUCAGUAUUACAAUUACGUCCGCAAUUCUCCGGAGUUAGUUCAUCGGUUUUACCAGGAAAGGAGCAGACUUGGUCGUCCCGAUGGCCAUGGCAACGUUACCUCCGUCACCACCAUCGAUGGAAUACGCGAGAAUAUACUGUCCAUGGACUUCAGCAUCGAGGAGAUAAAAGGGGUGAACUGCCAGGACUCGCUCGAUGGUGGAGUGAUGGUCUUCGUGACAGGGUUUCUCACCAGGGAAGAAGACAAUUCCAAGAGGGAGUUCAACCAGUCAUUUUUCCUUGCUCCACAUGAAACAGGCUUUUAUGUCCUGAAUGACAUGCUUAUGUAUGGGGCAGAAAGCCAUCCGGAUAGUUCAUUCAAUGAUUCUAGAUCAUCUCCUCAGCCUGAAAAUGCUUCCCAAGAUAAAGAUUCACAUCGUACGGAUGAAACGAGCGACGAAAUGAACAGAGACAGUGGUCCUCUGAACAACGGAGAGAGCUCAGCUUGGAAGGAAGAAGAACCAGGUAAUGUGAUUGAUGUAACUGCCGAUGGCUUUCCACCUCUGCUGGUUAAAUCGGAGACUAAAAGUGACCACGAGGAGAAUCUCAAAAAAUCUUACGCUUCAGUAGUCAAAGUCAUGAAGGAUACUGCUUCAGAAUCUGCUCCAGCAUGGUGUCCUGCUUCAGGUCAUCCAGCUUCUCGUGGCCCUAUUUCUGGAUCGAUUGGUUCUGAAAGAAAAAAAUUCCAGAAGGCACAAUAUGAUGCUUAUUCAUUAUAUUUGAAUUAUUUACCAUUUGAUGUAACACCUGCUCAAGUUGAAGAAGAGUUCAAGAGGUUUGGUCCGAUAAAGCCUGGUGGAAUACAAAUCAAACGCUAUAAGUUUCAAAAUUCUUGCUUUGGUUUCGUGGAGUUUAAGUUCUCGGAUGCUGUCCAGCGGGCAAUAGAGGCUUCUCCAAUUACUAUGGCUGACCAUAUAGUUUAUGUCCAUAGAAAGAAGAUUCUUCAUUCAGGAGUUAACAAUAAAGGCAAGUUCGCUAGCAGCAGAGGUGCACACCAGAACUACGAAAAGAGAGAGAAAGGCGAACGAUGGUAGCUGGUGUUUCAGUAGAGGGAACUGAUAACGGUCAUGAUCUCGAGGCAGAAGAACAUAAUUUAUGGAGCUUGUUUCAUGGAGUUGAUAAGUUAGACAACAGAAUACAUAAAGGAAGGAACUUCUGUCACUAGGGACUUGAGUGAUAGCAAUCAAUGCUUACUACCAGCCAACAAAAGGAAUACAGAGGGUCAAAAUGCACUUUUUAUUCCCAUCUUUCUAGAGAGUGCAUGGCUUCAUUUCGCUUUGGCAUGGAGGGUUUUUGCAUGUUUCUUUUUUCAUCGUCUAUUUCGAACUGGGCACAAGUUUUCAACUUGGCAUCUACCGUCAAGUAGGCAAACCUCUUAUUCUGCAGUUCUGGCGCCAUGGCCCGAGAGCCUGAGAACUAAACAAGGAAUAGCUUUGAUCACCAUACACAGGCAAAACACGCACACAUUUGCCCUUGCUUCCAUAGCC